CAUGCAUCUUUUAUUUCCCUUAUCACAAACUGUUCUCACUCCAGUAAUUUGUGCGUCCACUCUUGUACACCAACUCCAGCGACGGGUUGCACCAAAAACCACAACCCCAAUAACGCCGAGCCCGACCCGAGUCGAAACCAGAGGCUUUUUCAGCAGUUCUACUCGUCUAGCAUCUCUAUAAAGCCCGCUGAGAAAAACCCAUCAACAAGCAAUCAGAAAGAAGAUCUGGGUCAAGAGGAUCAGAAUAGGAGCGUCAAGAAAGGCAAGGGAUUUUUGACAAACAUGUGGUGGGCGAAUCUGAAAUCAGCAAUAGGGCAGAGAUUAAACGUAGAAGGUAUGGUUUGUUCUGCAUCUGUCAUUACUAAGGACCGGCAUUUGGCGCUCCCACAUGUGGUUGUGCCUGAUGUGAGGUACAUUGAUUGGGGUGAACUGCAGAGGAGGGGGUUCAAGGGCGUUAUAUUUGACAAGGACAAUACAAUUACCGCUCCUUACUGUUUGACGAUUUGGGCACCUCUCAAAUCCUCACUUGAACAGUGUAAAUCUGUCUUUGGCCACAAUGUAGCUGUGUUCAGCAACUCUGCUGGGCUUUAUGAGUAUGAUCAUGACAGUUCGAAAGCCAAAGCGCUCGAGAGGUCGAUCGGAAUUAAAGUUAUAAGGCAUAGGGUGAAGAAGCCUGCUGGCACAGCAGAAGAAAUCGAGAAACACGUUGGUUUUACUUCUUCACAACUUAUUAUGGUUGGUGAUCGACCAUUCACAGAUGUGGUUUUCGGGAAUCGCAACGGUUUUAUGACUAUUUUAACUGAACCCUUGAGCCUUUCUGGGGAGACAUUUGUUGUUAGGCAGGUAAGGAAAUUAGAAAUAUUCCUGGUGAAACGUUGGCUUAAGCAAGGAGUAAGACCGAUUAGUCAUCGCCUAUUGCCAGACACUGAACAGUGCAUUAAAGAUCCGUAACCUCUUUAGUGUUUUUGAAAAUUUUGCCCGGUAGAUAUCAUGAAAAACUGAAGAAUCACUCUUUUUGUCCACUGGCCGUAUAUUACAUUAGCUUAUGGUUAUACACCUGAGUUAAAAUAUAGUAGACUGUAUUCUUGGAUCGGCAACAAUAGUGAAAUGUAGAAAGGGUUUCCUUUUAUGAGAUCUUUAUGUC